UGCAUAGGGGGGGAGGGUGAACCAAUGUUGCAAGUGAAACAGAGCAGAUACAGGCCUCAGUUUGGCUACAGGCCUGAAUGGAUAAGUGGGAGGGUGCUUUGUGACUGGAAGUCAAUGAAGAAUAACUGGCAGAAUUACUUCCUGCGCUCAUCUAGAUCAAUCUGCAUAAAUGCUGUCUUGGCCGUGUGAUUCAGGGCCCUCCCUGCUACAAGACUUAUAUAAAUACUGGAGAAAGUUGUUGUGACAUUCAUGGAAAGAACAGCUCUAGAGGAAAGCUUUGGCAUACACCACCAAGCCUUGUGGAACUUCCCUGCUGGGAGCAACUGUGAUCUGAAGUGGGAGAAGUGCUGCUGAACAAAGUCAGGUACCUCUUUUUCAAGGCAACUAUACUUGCUUGACCAUGUAUGCUGCUUUCUCUGUUCUCCUCCUGGCAGCCUGCCUGCCCUCUGGAUGGAUGCAGACAGCCCUGGAUGACUACGUCAAGCAGUAUGACCCUCACUACAACUACACUGUCACGAAGAAGGAAGACAGGCCUGGCGUGACCGUCUAUACCGUCAACAUGACCUCCCUGAAGUGGCAGAAUGAUUCCGAAGUGGACCGAUCAAUCUGGUGGCAUACGGUGACCAUUGCUGUGUCAAAGAACCAAAGGAUAAAGGAUUCAUGUUUGCUGCUGAUUGGGAAUGGAAGAAAUGAUAUUGCUCUUGAUAUCCCGGACUUAACUCCUGAUGAUGGCAUUAAUGCAGCAACAUCUACUGGGUCUUGUGCAGCUCUUGUGCAGCAGAUCCCAAACCAGCCAAUCACCUAUCAUAAAUACCCCAUUGAAAGAUGCAAGAACAGCUUGGAAAAUGAUGAACUGUUUUGCUCAUGGUGGAAGUUCAUGAAUGAUGAGACUGCAGGGCCAGAUGUGCUGAUUUUGUUCCCAAUGGUCAAGGUAACUCUGGCUUCCCGGAGGCCACUCCCACUCACCAGUCUGGAAGCCACAUUCUGGGCUGCUGUACGGGCCAUGGACACUGUAACAGAUUUACUACUGAAAGAAUCUGGUGGGAUGAUGAACAUCACAAAGUUCUCUUUGAUAGGUGCUUCUAAGCGUGGCUGGACUGCCUGGCUUGCGGCAGCUGUGGAUGGAAGAGUUGUGUCCUUUACUCCACUUGUAUUUGAUCUUUUGAAUAUCAUUAAGAACUUGCACCAUCAAUACCGAGCAUACUGUGGCUGGUCAUAUACCAUGGAGCCUGAAUAUGAGCUGAAUAUAACUCGGCAGAUAGACACUACACGGUUCGAGAAUCUAAAUUCAUAUGUUGAUCCUUAUGCAUAUAAUGAGCGAUACUUAAACAAGUUUGUGUACAUAAUCAUUGCAACAGGAGAUGAAAUUUUGUUACCUGAUUAUAGCCGAAAUUUCUUUUCUCAGCUAGCAGCAAAAAAAUAUUUCCGGGCCAUCCCAAACACUUUCCAUGCGAUUUCAUUACGCCCACUGAUUAGAUUAUCUAUCUUGGACACGAGUAUAGCCUUUUAUCUCGCCACCAUACAGAAUCUGAGCAUGCCCCAAGUUUCUUGGAACCUGACUGAGACAGAAACCAAAGGUGUUAUCUAUCUAUAUACAGAUCAGGUGCCUUCAGCAAUUAAAUGUUUCUUUGCUGACACUGGAAACUCUCAAAGGCGAGACUUCAGGUGGUCCACGAGUGCUGGUUUACGAAUCAUACCUUGGUUUCCCUGUGCGGCUGAGAAAGUGGAAAAUGGUGUUUAUAUGGCAGAAAUGAGCAAGCCACUAUUGGGAUGGAGAGGCUUUUUUAUUGAGGUAACUUUCCCAGGACCUGAGAACAAGCCACAUGUUUUCACUUCGGAGAUUCACAUUAUCCCAGAUACUUAUCCAUGUGAAGACUGCCAGGGAGAGGAGUGCUAUGGAACGCUGGUGUGACAUCCACCAGCGAUGCUGUGGCUCCUGCUGGGGAAGACAUGAGAUGCACCUAGAAAAACGUGCAGAGGAGCAAGUGGGCAGAGAAAAAACCUUGUACAGAGAAUACACAGGUUCAACCUCAGCUAAACUGAAAUAGGUGUGGGAUGGGGAAUGUAAUAUCAUGGGGCAGGUGAGAAUGUCGGUCACAAUCAGGAGACCUAAAGGACUAGCUAUGGUGGCAAUGGGAAAUGGGUAGGAGGGUGGAUGAAUGAGAAAUACAGGGCAUGGGAGGAAGGGCUUGGCUCUGCAGAAUUCUGAACAAGUAAUGCAGCAAAAGAAAGUGUGCCUUUGUAAUCCCCAAAUCUCUGGAUCACAAGAAAGAAAAGCACUAUCUUCUGUUAAUCUUCACUGAAAUUCUGUACAAGUAUUGGAGCAUUUAGUGCAGAUUUAAUUCACAACUCCUUAGCAUGGAUUUAAGAUAAUUUAACUUCAUAGACUUCAAUGGGAACAAAUAGCCUCUAAUCUAAGUAAUUGAUUAUAACUGGAUUGUAAAUCAUUAUGUAAAGUGACUGAAUUUAAAUUCCAUGUGAGUCAGAGAACAAAUGAGUGGCUUCUUUGGCUAGCUGUUAUCUCUUCAUUUUAGAUUCCCUUCUGAUGAAUGGGGAUAAUAAUAAAGUUGACUAUAUUUUUGUGGCAGAAGUGACGCCACCUGCUGGGGAUUUCAUUGCCUGAUCAUUUCUUGCUGUUUUCUGUUUGUUUUCUGUUUGUUAACAAAUAAAGGUUUUUCUGGCAUUCCUACCAUAUUGCAUUGGGUGACAAUAUCUUGUGUUCUGAAGUUGCAUGCCUAUUACAAGCAAUGUCCUGCUGGAAUACAUGAUUUGCCAGACAGCUUAGCAAGUUUGCAAUUAGAAUCUCCACAGCAUGGGAAUACAGAACAUGAAAGCAGGGCUACAAGCCAAAGGCCAGGCAGAACAACUCUGUCUUACAGGCCCAGCGGAAAGAAAUCAGAUCCUG